UUGAGGGUGUACAAGGCUCAGCAGUUUUAUGUAAGCAAAGUAAAAAUUGCGCUUCCAAGAGGCGUACAGCAUGUUCCUAAAGAAGCCGCCUGAGAGGCAUACCACAGUUCAUGGGUUAAGCUGUGUCAGUACCGACACUCACAAACACUUGGCUUUUUUCCAUUACAUUUAUGUCCACUGGAUUGAUGCAUAAGACUUUCUUGUGGUGUAAAUACGUCCUUUAUUUGAAUGGAAACCACAAAGAGAAAAAUAUUUCAUCAGGUGGGCUGAAAAGACUAUAGUAACCAAAGGAUGGGACAGCAGAUAAAGGGAGGAGGGCAAGGUGGCUAGCAGACGCUGUUGUAGUUACCGGGCGUGGUUUGGUCAAAAACUUUUCUCGGUCGGUCCCCGUGGAUUUCUGACCCUCUGACCUUGUCUGUUAUAUCCGAAAUCCAUUAUAAGCGAGUCCGUUAUAUCGAGGGUUUACUGUAUUUGGUGACUAUACAUCAAUCUACUUUUAAUAUCUUGGUAAAGGAUAGACAAACAAACUUACAGGCAGAUGCCUAAAUAAGACGACUCAACUUAUGGAAAUUAGCAGACAAAAGAAUAAUUUUCAUUGUAAAAGAUUUUAAAAAUUACUAAAUCAAAACAGUGGUCAAGAACAAAGACUCUCCUAUAUACGAAUAUUCAUGUUGCACACUGUUGACGGUACGAACAAUUUGCCCUGAGGUUAAAAUUUUGGCCGUAAGGUUUAGUUUUUAAAGCCUACUGCUUGGUGGUGGCAAUCUAGCGAUGGAACUUCAGGGAAGCACUGCAAUUUAACCAAUACAGUGAAGACUCAAUACUCGAACGUCUUGGAAGUCGAACUUUUUGAUACUCAAUCGCAAAAGUUUGACUUGGUACUCGAAAAAAUAUCUGGUACUCGAACGUACACACACGUGGUUGUAAACAAAGGCUCCUGGCCUCUCCCUCCCCGCCGCCGCCAGUUGCCCCGCCACGGUCAUGAGAACAACAACAUUCUCCUGCAUUCUGUCUGUGGUUUUUCAUUUAGAAACUUACAAUGGCACCAAAGAGGCUUAUUAGUGGUGAAAAUAAGCCUAAAAGGAAGAAUGUAGUGACGACCAUUGAACGGAAAAAGGAGAUUAUUGAUAAAUACGAGAAAGGAGCAAGAAUCACCGAUCUUGCAGCUGAGUAUUGUAUGGCGAAAUCUACAGUAGCCACCAUACUGAAGAACAAGGAGGCCAUUAAGGGAGCUGAUGUGGCGAUGGGUGUGAAAAAGCAACUUAAGCGACCUGCGGCAGUGGAAGAAAUGGAAAAAUUGUUGAUGGUGUGGAUAAACGAAAGGCAGAUGGCUGGUGAUUCUAUGUCAGAGGGCAUAAUUUGUGCAAAGGCUAGGUGGCUCCAUGGUGAUCUUAUUUGUGAUACUACCUCUGACUCCAGUGAAGAUUUUAAAGCUAGUAAGGGGUGGUUUCGGAAUUUCAAGAAGAGAACUGGAAUUCAUUCUGUUGUGAGGCACGGCGAGGCCGCAAGUGCUGACAAAGUUGCCGCCGAGAAGUUUGUGCCUGAAUUUAAGAAAUUUGUGGAUAAGGAGCGCUUAAGCCCACAACAGGUCUUUAAUUGUGAUGAGACAGGCCUGUUUUGGAAAAAACUACCAAACAGGACCUAUAUAACAAAGGAAAAGAAGUGUUUGCCAGGACACAAGCCCAUGAAAGACAGGCUAACCCUGCCUCAGUGCGCCAAUGCUAGUAGUGACUGCAAAAUUAAACCACUGCUGGUGUACCAUUCGGAAAACCCCAGGCCAUUCAAGAAGAACAGUGUGCAAAAGAGCAAACUCAGUGUGAUGUGGAGGGCAAACAAGAAAGCCUGGACAACCAGGCAGUUCUUCACGGAGUGGUUUGUGGAGGUGUUUGCACCUGCAGUGAAGACAUACCUAAUAGAGAAGAAUCUACCACUCAAGGCCCUCCUGUUGAUGGACAAUGCCCCUGCACACCCUCCAGGCGUGGAAGAAGAAUUGGGUAAGGGAUGUAAAUUCAUCGAAUUGAUGUUCCUCCCCCCAAACACCACGCCACUGAUCCAACCCAUGGACCAGAAUGUCAUCGCCAGCUUUAAGAAGCUGUACACAAAAGCACUUUUUGAGAGGUGCUUUGAGGUGACUUCUGAAACAGAGCUCACUCUGAGGGAGUUUUGGAAGAAUCACUUCAAUAUCCUCCACUGCCUAAGGCUUAUAGAUAAAGCCUGGGGUCAAGUUUCUGUGAGGUCCUUGCAGUCUGCCUGGAAAAAUCUGUGGCCGACCUGUGUGACAGCCAAGGAUUUUGAGGGAUUCGAGCCUUAAGUCCAGGAGUCUGCUGUGGUGGAGGACAUUGUGUCUCUGGGGAGGGCCAUAGGCAUUGAGGUGGACA